AUGGGGGAAACAGCAAAGCAAAGUUUUGAUGAUCUGGGCUUCAAGGGAAUUGAUGCUAAUGGCAAUCACCAACACAAUCAAUGGUUGAUCAUGGGAGGUGCAGAUGACAAUAGUGACACCUUAUCCAUGGAGUCUUCUUCCUUUGAAGAUUCAGAAAACUCUCUCGAAUCAUCAUCUUCCUUGGACUUGACAGAAGAUGCGUCUUCCUCAACAUCACCCCUCUCAAAUGGACCUCUAUAUGAACUAUCAGAGCUCAUGGCCCAGCUCCCCAUCAAGAGAGGGCUGUCCAAGUACUUUCAAGGGAAGUCGCAGUCAUUUACAUCUCUGGCAAGCGUGAAGAGCUUGGAGGAUCUUGCCAAAAAGGGGACUCCAAGUAGGAAGAAAAUGAAGUCAUGUAAAAGCUACGGAGGAGGUUUGGAUGUACACAAACUGUACACUCCAAAGGCUACCAUUUCAAAGAAGGCUUCAAGGGGAUCUCUUCUAUCUUCUCUAGGGAGGAGAGGUGUUAUAAUGGGUGGUUGUAGGCCUCCCAGUCCUCUCCAAAAGAACUUCUGA